AUGGAGUCCCCUCAUCAAUUCUACCACAAGCAGAAUAAAAUUGGCACGGGCUCUUUUGGCUCGGUAUACAAGGGAAUCGACCUUCGAACGAGCAAGCCCAUAGCUAUCAAAAUCAUUGACGUUGAAGCCGCCGAGGACGAGCUCGAGGACAUCCACCAGGAAAUUCGAAUCAUACAGCAGCUGCACUCACCGUACAUUACCGAAUACUAUACCUCGUUCAUGAAAGAUGACCAGCUGUGGAUUGUCAUGGAAUACUGCAUGGGCGGGUCCUGUCUUGAUCUGCUGCGCCCCGGCCCAAUCCGACCAGACUACAUCUCCAUCAUCGUUCGCGAACUUCUGAAUGGCCUUGUGUAUCUGCAUCGCGAGCGAACCAUCCAUCGCGAUGUCAAAGCUGCCAACGUUCUUCUGGACGCUCAGGGAAAUGUCAAGCUGGCCGACUUUGGUGUCUCGGGCCAAAUCAGCCAGACCCUUGGCAACAGAGCAACUUUUGUCAUCCGAAACAAUGGUGGAUACACCGAAAAGGCUGAUAUCUGGAGCCUGGGCAUUACCGUCAUCGAGCUCUUCACAGGGGAGCCGCCACAUUCCGGACUGCCAGUCAUGCAAGCACUGAAGGCAAUUGUGGAAGACAAGCUCCCGCUCGAUCAACUUGAGCGCGCUCCAGAGCUUUGUCACUUUGUCCGAAGGUGUCUGAAUAAGAACCCACGAUUGCGCCCGAGUGCCACUGAUUUACUACGCGACCCAUUCAUCGCCAAAUAUGCGAAAAAGUCAACCAGCUGCCUGACAGAACUCAUCGCUCGACAUGCCGAGUGGCGCGAGACAGGUUCUUAUGCCGAUUCAGACUCAGAAGAUGAUGACUCGAGGUCUCACAGAAGGAGAGAGGAUACAUACAACGAUCCAGAUGAGCCCUUUUGGAACACAGUCAAGGGAUACCAAGGCAAGGGGGUGAAGCCGCCUCCAUCGGUGAUGCGAGCCACAGCUGUCUCUUCAACUUCGCAUUCAUCCGGCCAGAGCACCGACUGCCACUAUUCCCACUACGACGACGAUGAGCCCGGAAAGAGAACAUGGGUGCCCAACAAGGACGGAUCGGGCCGAUACAAAUCGGACCAUGUAUAUCAGAACUGCCCUUCAGACGACCAAGACGAUCCCGAGCUGGAUGAAGGUGGAGGAGAGGCCAUUCUCGAAGAUAUAAUUGUGCCCUCACUUGUCGAGCUUUCACAAAAGUACGGCAGUACCGCGCGGAUCUUUGAGGUUUACAGCUCACUGCAGAAGCUGGAGCAGGAAUCCCCAGGAGCUCUUGAGGGCUUUCUCCUCAUGGUUAUCGAGCGUCUGCGCAGUGAUUCGGCGCUUUCGUGA